AUGCAAGCUAAGGCAAAAGUGUGUGAGUUAAUUGAUGAGGUGAACAGAUGCUGGAAGGUGGAUAUAGUUAAUGCAGUUUUUUCAAAGGAGAAAUCUGAGAUUGUAAGAUCAAUCCCCAUUAGUCAAUCGGGCAUAGCAAAUAAAAUUGUUUGGGGCCAAACUAAGAAUGGGAAGUACUCGGUGAGAAGUGCUUACCAUAUGGUCCAGCAAAAGAUGUUGCAAACAGGUGGUGAACCUUCUACUCUAAAGAAUAAAGAUGAGGUGUGGACAAGGAUUUGGGGACUAAAUGUGCCAGCUACUGCAAAGCUUUUUAUGUGGAGAGUAGUUAGUGACUUAUUGCAUACAAGGAGAAAUUUAUGGAAGAAAAAAAUUGUAGAAGAUCCACUGUGUCCAAUUUGCAAAAUGAAUGAGGAAACUGUAUCUUAUGUGAUGUUGGCUUGCCCUGCUGCUAUUGAUGUAUGGGAGGAUACACUGAGUCUUAUCAGGGGAGGGCGAGAGAAGAGGAAGAUGCCACUGGAGGUGCCUAUUGGUGUUGCUUUUAAUGUCAACUUUGAUGGGGCUCUGGAUAAGGAGAGUAUGGCUCUCUGGAGAGCCAUGGUUUUCUGUAUGGAGACUAGCAUAGUGGAUGUGAUUUUUGAAGGGGAUGCAAAGGAGUUGAUAGAGGCUGUGAUGUCAGAUGAGGACGUGGACUCAUCGGGUGGGCAAAUUGUUGAAGACAUUAAGCAGCUGAGAUAUCAACACAGGAACUAG